UGUCAUGGCAUUAGCCCUUGUGUAUUUAAACGCUUGUGUUUGCCAUGUGUCCUUGUCAUGCAUUGUUCCCUGUACCACUGUUGGUAAGCUUAUGUUCUGUUCAUGUAUUGUUUUGACAAGCCAUGUAACCAAGUCAUGGCACGUCUUUGAUUUAUACUUUGUUCAUGUUUGGAUUUAUGUUAAAUAAACUGCACUUGGGUUCGUCAAGCCUUGCCUCCAGUGGACUUGUUACAGUAUGAAGUGCUGUUUAGUUUAAGGUGUUUUGUUGUUCAGUCAGAACAGAAUCUCUGGAGCAGAAGUGGAGAUGAAAGUCAGACCAGGAGACAACGUCACUCUCUACUGUGAUCGCUCUUUAACUCUUGGUUUCCACUUUGCAUGGAUAAGAAACUGCUCUCAUGAAAAUCAACCCUCUCUCGAAAUAGAUUUUACAAAAUGGUUCCAGAAGACAUUUCAGCGUUUCAGCUCUGUCUACAACCGCUCCAGUAAUUCUAAUGAUCUACAUAUUACUAACAUCAGUGUCUCUGAUCUGGGACUGUAUUACUGUGCAGAAGUAGAGAAUAAGGUAAUUAAAGAUGAAAAAGGCAUCAUCUCCUCAUCUAAAGUGUACUAUUAUGGAAACCGAAAAACUCGUCUCUCUUUUGCAGAGGAAGUAACUUCAUGUUCUGGACUGAACAUCACCUCCACUCCUCGUGUAUCAGACUGUGUUCUCUGCUGGACGCUGCUGUUCAGUGUGUGUCCGGUGUGUGUUCUCCUCUCCUCGAUCUGUCUGUUCUGCCUCUGUCAGAGGAAAACUACAGAUGCUGCGGCAGAUCAAAAAGACCAUUUGAGAGGUAGAAAUACCAUUGAGGGUGAAGAUGAAGAGGUGUGUUAUGCAUCAUUAGACGUGAAAACCAGGAGACAAAAACAACGCAAGACAAAGCGAGUGCAGAGUUCAGACUUCAGUACAUAUGCUCAGGUCAGAACAGACAUGCAAUAGAGCUAAAAUAGAACUGAGGUGCUUUCUGAAACUUUCCAGAUAUGAUAAAGGUCAUUAUCAUGUAACAUCACUGUAAUGAUACAAGGUACUUUUGUUACAUCUCAGUGUAAAAGAUGUGUAAUUCCAUACUUGGAUACUGUUGCAAUAUACUUUACUUUAUAUUAAGUGUCUUUAGCCUAUGUACUAACAUUUAAAUUAAUAAUGUGAUACAAUGUCCUUAUUUUGUAAACAUGUUUUUACAUUGUAAAAAUACCUGCAUGUAAAUACAGCUAUAAUUAAUAUCUGUAAUCACAUCUAUAAUUAUAAUUGAUCUGCUAAACUUACCCGAAUCCCAACUAAGCUGAAGCAAAAGUGUUUUAAUACAAAUAAACAUUUACCUACCUGCAGUA